CUGCGAUUCCGCACCUGGAAGCCGUGAGGGCAGGUGGGGAGACUCCUCCAUCUCCGCUGGGUCCCCAUCUCCUUCCAGUCUUGACCAUUAAGACGUUGCGAGCAUCUCCGCCCCACCCCCACCGGCCCUGGAGGUUGCUUUCCCUAAAAUGGGCCUGACGUCCUCCAUGGGGAGCUGUUCCUGGGCCUUUGGGAGCCCCUGGAGGGGUUCUCAGAAGCACACCCCGCCUCUUCGCCGAGGAAACAGCGUGCGAGGGCGAUCUUUUGAUCUGACCAGAAAAUUAACCCGUCUCUCUCUGCCUUGCAGUGCGUUGCUGACUUGCCAUUCCAGAUCUUCUGCGCACAGAGGGCAGGAUCUGAAUAUCCUUCAGGUAUUUCUUACUAGCUAAGCAACACAAUGGAAACCCCAGCGAAAGCAAGUAAAAAGGAUACCCACGAUGGGCAGCCGAAAGAAGAGAGACUGUCUAUCAGCGAAGCACUUCUACACUAUCACUUGCAAAUAAAGGAGAAUAUAGUAGAACGAUUGAUGGUGCAGAUAAAGAAUCUUAGAGAAAAGAACCAAAAGUCUCAUGACAGAAAUGGACGCUUAAAGGAUGAACAGAUUUGGCACAUACGGAACCUAAUAAAGGAACUGAGUGAAGAGAAGUCGGAAGGAUUAAAAGUAACAAGAGAGGAUGUCGAAACAGCAAUGAAAGAGAAGUGGAAGUUUGAAAGAGACCAGGAACAAAACUUAAAAGAUAUGCGCUUGCAAAUAAGUAAUGCUGAGAAACUAUUUCUUGAGAAACUCAGUGAGAAGGCAUAUUGGGAAGAGUACAAGAAUGUAGGGAGUGCACAACAUGCUAAACUCAUUAUCUCCUUACAAAAUGACAUCAAUAAAGUGAAAGAGAAUGCGGAGAAAAUGUCAGAACAGUAUAAAAUCACUCUAGAAGAUGCUAGAAAAAGAAUAAUCAGAGACACUUUGCUGCAACUGGACCAAAAGAAGGAAUGGGCCACAGAGAAUGCCGUGCGGUUCAUCGACAAGGGCAGCUACCGGGAGAUCUGGGAAAACGACUGGCUAAAAAAAGAGAUUGCAAUCCAUAGGAAGGAAGUUGAUGUAUUGGAAAAAGCUAUUCAAGAACUGGAAGAAGAAAAUUUGGAGCUCAUUGAUCAACUAUUCAACUGUAGACUUGUGGAUCUCAAAAUACCCAGGCAACUAUAUCUUACCCAAGCUGCUGGACACGAAAUGGCACCUGUACAAAAGCCUUUGGAGUUGUCAGGAACAAAUAUAGAAAAGUCAAAACUGGAAUCCAUAGAAGAAACAAGCAGCAGUAAGAUGUGCUCAUCAGUUGCAUUUGGAGCUUUACCCAUUAGUCAUGAGGAUAAUAUCAGCUCUGACCAGCAGCAGAGCACAGAUAGUGCGAGCUCAUCCAUAGACUUUGGGACCUCUGACAUGAAAUACUUACUCUAUGAGGAUGAGAAGGAUUUCAAGGAUUAUGUAAACUUGGGGCCCCUGGAAGUGAAACUCAUGCGUGUGGAGAGCAAGAAAAUGCAGAUUCAUUUUCAAGAGAAGCCUAUUACAGACAAAUUAUUUGAAGAGGUCAAGGGCCCACAAGUCCACGUCACAUACAGAAUGAUGAGGUCUUUUCUCUAAGACUGAACGCUGCAAAGUAAAAACAGUUUUUCCUUAUAAAUUUUAUUUGGGAACUAAAAUAUAAAA